CAUUGUUUCCUCAUCACUCACUCACUCACUCACUCACCAUUACUUAUUUCAUAUUAGAGGGUGUUAAUGGAGGUGGGACGGAAUGCUACAUUUACAAAAAAAAAAAAGUAAUUUUGUGGAAGCUGCACGACUGAGCGCUCACGCCACAACAAAGGGGGAGCGCGCGCGGAGUAAAACCCUCCCCCUUAAAAAGAAAAAAAAAGUGCGCGCGCCCCUUUAAGCGCAGCUGUGUACGCGAGUCUUUAUUGCCGGAGUGCCUACCUGCUGGUGUGUGAGUGUGCGCGCGCGUGCGUGCAUAUGAAGCGUGCUGCUCUCUCAUUGUCAAUACCACACCAUCAAUGCAUUAAAUGCGAAGCAAUGGGAAUCUCGCAGUCAUGUCUCUGCGAAGAACCGUGUUAGCUUUGCUCGUGCUGAUUGGAUUAAUAGCGCCGGGUGAUGCUUUGAAGUGUAACUGUACUAACUGUGAAAAAAGUGGCUAUGAGUGUGAGACAGACGGGGCUUGUAUGGCCUCCACUUCCUACAUUAAUGGCCAGGAGCAGCAUGUGCGCAUCUGUAUUCCACGGGAGAGUCUAAUCCCACCUGGUCAACCCAUCUUCUGCCUGAGUGCCGAGGGAGUGCUCAACACGCACUGCUGCUACACGGACUACUGUAACAGCGUCGACCUGCAGGUCCCUAAUGGGGUUCCUGAGCGUGCGAUCUGGCCAGGCACGUCUGGUAGCUGGGGUCCCGUGGAGUUGGUAGCAGUCAUAGCAGGACCAGUCUUUGUUUUCUGCCUGUUGCUGAUCGUCGGCGUUUUCGUGUUCCAGCACCACCAGAGGAACUACAACCACCGGCAGAGGCUAGAUGUAGAAGAUCCCUCAUGUGACCACCUUUACCUAGCCAAAGACAAAACCUUGCAGGACCUCAUAUUCGACUUGUCCACCUCUGGCUCUGGAUCUGGUCUACCGCUGUUUGUGCAGAGGACUGUGGCGAGGACCAUCGUGCUGCAGGAAAUUAUAGGAAAGGGCCGCUUCGGGGAGGUGUGGAGGGGAAGGUGGCGAGGAGGAGACGUGGCUGUGAAGAUCUUCUCUUCCAGAGAGGAGCGCUCCUGGUUCCGUGAGGCUGAGAUCUACCAGACGAUCAUGCUCCGGCACGAGAACAUCUUGGGCUUCAUCGCAGCAGAUAACAAAGAUAAUGGCACAUGGACUCAGCUGUGGUUGGUCUCAGACUAUCAUGAACACGGCUCUCUGUUUGAUUACCUGAACCACUACACGGUCACCAUCGAAGACAUGAUCAAGUUGGCUCUGUCAGCCGCUAGUGGUCUUGCACACCUGCAUAUGGAAAUCCUUGGCACUCAGGGAAAGCCUGGCAUUGCACACCGAGACCUCAAAUCUAAAAACAUCCUGGUAAAGAAGAACGGCACCUGCGCUAUAGCGGACUUGGGCCUGGCUGUACGCCACGAGUCAGUCACUGAUACAAUCGACAUUGCCCCUAAUCAGAGGGUGGGCACCAAGAGAUAUAUGGCCCCAGAGGUGCUGGAUGAAACGAUCAACAUGAAGCAUUUUGAUUCAUUUAAGUGUGCUGAUAUCUAUGCAUUAGGACUGGUGUACUGGGAGAUCGCAAGACGAUGUAAUGCAGGAGGCAUCCAUGAGGAGUACCAGCUGCCAUACUACGACCUCGUGCCCUCUGACCCUUCCAUAGAGGAAAUGAGGAAGGUCGUGUGUGACCAGAGACUGCGGCCUAACGUACCCAACUGGUGGCAGAGCUACGAGGCCUUGAGGGUGAUGGGGAAGAUCAUGCGCGAGUGCUGGUACGCUAACGGAGCAGCCAGACUCACGGCCCUGCGCAUUAAGAAGACACUCUCGCAGCUCAGCGUGCAGGAGGACGUUAAGAUGUGACUCGUGCAAGGGCUGCCACGCCCCCAGAGACACGCACUCGGAGCGACCAGCCAGUUUCAGACACUUUUAUAAAGUUGUGACAGGGACUACCUCACCGUUUUUAGCCAAAACUACUGAGCGUAAGGCCACUCCAGCUGUUUUUCAAUCCCUCCAUGGGCUCCCAGUCCAGUCUGUCUUGGUCCAUCUCAAUCACGUCGAUGCUACACGCCUCCACUUCAUGGCCUGUUUGUUUAUAAGGCAGGAUUAAUUCAUUAACUGUGAUGGGACUGUUUUUAAUGUUUUAUUUUUUUUUUAAUGGUCUUGCCCUUGAAAAUGGACCGUUGUGUGCUGAUUGUAUAUGCGUACUUAUUUUGUGUGUGUCUCAUUUAGCCCAUACAGUAUGCUGUACUCUGAAUCAUAGCCUUUUCUCCACAGUGGUGGUGGGAUUGUGUUUCCUGAUUUUUAUCUGCCUUAAGCAUAGAUAAAGCCUAAAGAAAAGGAGCAGUGUGACUAUUAAAUUCACGGUGGGGCUGGAUUGCAGUGUCGUUCUUCACUGUCCAACUUUUAAAUGAAAUUCGUUGCUUUUGGGGAGUUAAACGGUUGCUGAGACACUGCUCGUGAGUCGCGACUCAUUUAUUUAACGAAUUAAUAUUGUGACUUGGUUACUGUACAAAAAGGCAUGUUUGUUAUAAGUGCUGAGAUUUAAGUGUGGUUGACUGUUUAACAGGGAGGUGUUUGGGGGUUAUUUUGGGGGGUUUUUUGGGAAGGGGGGGUUCCCCUCUUUUCUUUCAUCCCCAAUUUAUUUAUUUUAUAUAUGUAAUGUAGCUGUUCAGGACACUGUGAGAUUAAUGCUCAUUCAGGUUAUGGCCAUUAAUGAUACUAAUAUGAUAUAUACACUGUAUAAUGCUGUGCAAAGAUCAAAUUCAUGUCAAGAAAUGUAGCAUAACUAUCACUUAUGUUGAGCAUUUUCUUUCCCUUACAUUUUUGAGCAUGUGCUAUACUCAUCCAGUCUGCUAGCGAUUAGGAUUUUUAUGAACUGCACUAUUGCUCCUUUGGGGGAAAUGGUAGAAGGUGGUCGUUCGUGCCACUUUUAAGAAGCAUCCUGUAAAUGGUUCGUGUAAAAUAAUGCAUCCAUCUAUCUGCUUAUUUAUAAUGUAACAUUUAUAAUCAACAACUUUCUAUGAUAUGUUUUCGUCAUGUAUUUUAUAGUUUUUAAUUCCGGCCAAUGGGAAGGUACUACUGACUGCUCAGUUCCUUGCAUGAAUGAAAAUCUCUAAGCUUGUAUGUUUCGUAGUUAUCCGUUUAUGAGCCGAGUAGCUUCGUAUACCACCGAUCUAUAUCUAAAUGCAGGAAUCUACACUUGGCACCAGUGUGAUUUGUAGAAUUCUUAAAAAAACAAAAAAAUGUAUUUGAAGAGAAACGCAGUGUGUGAGUGUGGUCUCCAGGCUUUUGCCUUGGCUGUUUGAAGAGGACAUAUAAGGUCUAGAACAGUUGAAUGAACAUAACGGAUGAAUGCAUCCAGUUACAUAAUGAAUCUGGAUUGUCUGUAGGCAUAGUGUGUUUUUUUGAGUAUAGAUUAAGGGUGGCUGAAGCGUCAGGAUAAAAUGAGCUUUUUCAACAGGAAUCUUGCUUCGAGUCUUAAACAGGGUGCUGGGGGCAAGCUAAUACUUAUAUUACAACACUAAUAUUGUAACUCAAGGAGGUUCGGUUACUAAUUAUGCGACCUUUCUUCUUUGCGCCCAACUCAAUCGGGUAGCCGUUUCACCAAAACAGCACUACUUUAAAGAAUAAUGUUGCUAGUAAGUGUUACCUUUUUUUUUUUUAUUAUUAUUUAUUUUUUAUUUUAAAAAAAAGGUACUCCACCUUUUAAACAAUCCACCUUUUACUACCAUUCUCAUAGUCGAGCACUGGAAUUUUUGUUUUGACUAAUGUAAGGAACAACGGACUCGUCACCACCUCUUUAUGUAGAACUCUGGAAUUCGCUUUUGAUUGUGAGACAUUCUGCAUACAACAAAUACUUGUAACACUAGGAGGGAUUUUACAGCAGAUGUUAGUCAGGCACCUCACUGGAAGAAUCACACUGGAGUGUAGACUAACUGCCCUUGUUUGGUUUGCCACAAAGACUGGAUGCUGUAAUUUAAACCAUAUAUUAAACCCAUGUUAAAUGCAAAUUCUUUUGGGGAUUCGUUGAAAUUGUACAUAAAUAAUACAUUUUGUUUUCUUAU